UUGCUUUUAGCCAAGGGUAGGGAGUGUGCAGGGGUUUGAAGUUCUGGGGGUUACACCGGCUCCUCAAUAAAUUCAUGCUUACACAUAUUUAUGAACGUUAGUGCAAUUUUUAUUUACCUUUGCGAAAAGGUGACUUUUUCACAAAGUUGCUAAAAGGAAUAAACCUACUUUGUAUUUACCCAGCUUUUCACAUCUUAUUUUUUUAUUCCAGUGAGGAUAGAGAUGAUUGACACGGUGGCGGCUCCCGAGACGACUUUUCCAGUCCAGCUGAAGAUGCUUCUAGAACAGGAGGCCAGGUACCAACCCAAGCUCUGCGGCUUGAGGAUCAUCGAGUCCGCCCAGGACAACGGGCUCAGGAUGACGGCGGCGCUCCGGGACUUCCAGGUGAAGGAGCUGCUGUCCCUGACUCGGUUCUUCGGCUUCAGUGCAGAGAGCUUUUCUCUGGCGGUGAACCUUCUGGAUAGAUUCCUGGCUCAGAUGAAGGUGCAGCCUAAACAUCUAUCCUGUGUGGGACUCUGCUGUUUCUACAUUGCUGUGAAGGUGUCUGAGGAUGAGAAGAAUAUUCCUCUGGCCAAUGAUUUAAUACGGAUAAGCCAGCACAGGUUUACUGUGUCGGACAUGAUGAGAAUGGAGAAGAUUGUUCUGGAAAAGCUGCACUGGAAGGCAAAGGCCACAACUUCUCUGCAUUUCCUGAGGCUGUAUUACUCGCAUGUCAUUGAGCAGAUGCCUGCUGAGAGAAAGAAGAUGCUGAACAUUGAACGAUUAGAAGCUCAACUGAAAGCUUGCUACUGUUGUUUUUCCUUCUCCAAAGUAAAGCCCUCUCUGCUUGCACUGGCUGUAUUAGCUUUGGAGAUCCAGGAACAAAGCCUCCAUGAACUGACAGAAGAGUUCCAGAGCCUCAAGCAGUAUUCCAAUAUUAAGGAGGGGGACCUUAUCUGUGUGAGAGAGAUGGUGGCAAAGUGCCUUGCUGAGUACUCCUCUACAAAGUGCACAAAGCCAGACAACCACAAGCUGAGGUGGAUUGUAUCAGGCCGGACUGCAAGACAAUUGAAACACAGCUACUACAGGAUCGCCCAUCUGCCCACAAUUCCUGAAGCAGCCUGUUAAGAUGGAUGAAAUAUAGGUAUGGAAGAAUGCUUUCUCUCCCAGCAGAAAAUAAAAAAGAUAGUUGCUAGUUGCGUUACUAUGACAUUACUAAUUUAGUUACAGCAAAGUGAAGUUUAACUAUGAAAGGGAAAGUAUUUCAAUAUGCUUUGAUCAUUUCUAGAAUGGUCAGCUUCAUUAAGACUUGAAGAUUUGGUCUCUGUAGUAGUACCACAUUUUAUGCUUUAAAGGGAUCAGUCUUAAUUGGAAACACUUUAGAAGUCUCAUAUAACAUUUCCUAGUGGUUCUACAGACCCUGAUUAUCACCAGCUCUGGACAAGCUAAUCUUAAUUUAGGUAAGGAAGUCUAGUACUAGUGCUAAUCAGGGUCUGUCCAGCUAACCCUUUAUUUUAAAGCUGUGAAUUUUUUUUUUAACCCUGUGAGGAUAAAAAAAAAAAAAACUGGGCAUGACUUAUAUUGUCUCAAAUCAUUGAAUACAUGUUUAAGUUUUGAGGUAGGCUUUACAAAAAAUGUAAGCAGGUAGUUAAAACUAAAAUCUAAUGUUUUGCAGUAUUUGCACACAAAUAGCAUUUGCAUUUUGUUACUUUUAAUAUUUUGAAAUUGCUUAAACUUGUUUAUACCUGAGACUUAAUAUGACAAUACUGCUAUUACACUGUGCAAACAAGCCAGGUGAAUGACAUUCUGUGCAUCUUUUGCCAAAAUGGAAAGUAGUUUAUUUAUCUUUUGUCUCAAUGUCAAACCUUCAGUUACAAAGUAAAGGACAUCUUUUGGUAAUGUCAGACAAGACCAGGGGAACCUUGUUCUAUAGUGGGUGAAGGCUUGUAUUAUGUGUAUGUAUGUGCUCUGAAAUCGGUGCUAUGGUUAUUAAGUUAGGCCUUGGCACUGGUGAUUGGUCUAAAAGUAUUGAACCACCUAGGUCCUCAGUCCACUAUGUGGAAGAGGAGGAAGAAGGGUUUUGUGAUUUAAAACAUUGGAACCAAGAAACCGGGCCCAAAACCCUUAAACUUCCAGCCUAGGUAGCUGAACAAGCCUAUUGCACACUCCUACCCUAAGGUAUAUAUAUAUUUUUUCAUUUCUCUAUUACACUGCAAUGUAUCCCCCAGGUUAAGGAAAAUGAAAGUGAUCCUUAAUGUAUAUGUGGAGGGUACAUGUAAAGCUCUGAGCCUGGGCUAUUGUUAUUGUUAAGUGCCUGUUUAAUAGUCCUGUAAUUGCUUGUCACAAGUCUGCAACAUGAAAGGCGUUACACUAACAACUUUUUUUAUUUUUGAAAAGUACAGGAAAAGUAGCCUAAGUUUUUUGGAAACUGUUAAUGAAAAGUCUUGUUGGUUACACCACUUCAAAACCUUUGAGAAUACCUUAUUUGAAGUACAGCAGAACAUGUUUUAAAUGCAUCUCAAAAUUGGAUUUGUCUGGUUUAAACUAAAUGUAGAAUAGCAGAAAUGGAGUUCUGAGUGUUUAAAGUGAGAUAUUGUAAAAUGCUCAGUUAACGUGUUGCCUUUGAAGUUCCAGUUGCCUAAUGGCAAGAAAAAAGUAAACCGCUCCCCUUUUAAAAUGUAUUUUGAAGGACUAAAAUUGGCAAAAUCUCCUAAAUGGAGAAAUCCACUUUUCAAACUAAGGGUCCUAAACACAAAAUUGUUACAACCACAUUGCCAUAUAAAGGCAGUCUGUUCUAAUGUAUUCAUUAAGGUAUGAUGGCUUUACAAUGCAGUACUGUGUGAACAUUUUCUUAUUUAACUGCAGAAUGUGAUGGUGGCUUCUUUAAAGACUGAUCUGAUGAUGACUUUUUUUGAAGUGUAAACCUUUCAAUAAACUCUUAUUGAAAUGCA